UUUUAGCCUGGUGGAGCACUUCGCCGCGCGCUUUUCUCGUCGCGAUAAACAUGCCUCGGGUGACCAACUUUGUGGACGACAUUGAAGGGUCCAAACCAUGCAUGAAGCCAUACGUGUACUUCCACAAGCCCCCCACGGUGUCGGUCGACGGCAGCACCAGCAAGCGGCUGCAUCCAGGCAUAUGGAACAAGGGUGAGAACCCCCAGUUCAUGCAGUUGCCUAUUGAAGGGUCGUCUCCGUCGCACACUGGGUUUACGACCAACCGCAUUGUGAACCCCCUGACCCCAUCGUAUAAACUGCCACAUUGUGAGCCCGCACCACUGAUCUACCCCAAGUUCCUUCGGGAUAGCUAUCAAACCGCCGACAUUGACGGCACCCGAGCGGCUCCCCGGCAUACCCUUCCCCCCCGAGACACGAUGAACUUGAACGAUAUUGCUGGGGCCACCGCCGCGUGGAGGCCGCGUGGUGUGAAAACGUCCAAGCAAAAGGAUAACAUGCAAGUCGCAGACAUCAUUCACGCGGGCUUCAAGUCCCAACGCGUCACGGAUGCGCUGCGUCCCGUGCAUGUAGUGAACGGCUUUCGGUCGGCAGACGACCCCCUGUCGUUUCCAAGGGCCCCGUACGAAGCUACCAAACAUCCGUUUUACCCCCUCGAGACCCACGACAUUCAGGGUGCUAACCCCGCAGACAGUUUGAAGGGGAUUGUGGGAAAUAUUCCCCACGUGAAACGACGUCAUUUUCGAUCCACCAACAACGUCCAGGACAUUCGAGGGGCGCAGGCUAACACAGUGCACCACAGCAUCGUGAGCAAUCGACACGUUGAUCCAAUUUUUCCUGCGUACACUGACUUGGACGGCGACUCGCUGGAAACGGGGCUCCCAGUACCGAAAAAUGUGCAAUUCCCAGACGUGGCGCCCCGCGUGUCAGAGCGGAAGUCGAACAACGUGUCGACGAUUCAACUUGGCAUGAAACUCCCAAAGGACCAACGAAAGCCGCCCUCCACUGCUGUUGGAGUCGGCGCCAAGCACCAGGCCGCUCGGAAAGCCGACAUCGAGGCCGUCAGAGGGCUCAAAUAGGUUCAUUUUUAGGAGAACGUUAUCAGACAUCAUACGUAUAGGCAUGUAUGCACGACGACGUUUACCUCGAGUGUGUGUUGGAGGUCUGUAAGUCC